UAUUAUAUAUAUGUAUUGUGGUUUCGUAUCUCCUUCCCCAACCCCCCAAAGUGAAAUCUUGGAAAACCUAUUUAUAUAAUUCUCAUCAGACGCUAAUACGAAGAAUUAUUAUCAUUCCGACCUUUAUGUAAUAGAGCUUAAAUUUUUCCCUCGCCCACAACCAAAUGUCCGAAUCCAACGUCCCAGUCCCACCUGCGGAAAAGCGUACGACCAAGUACAGCACCUACCCCAAACCGGAAGCUGAGUACCAAGAAAUUAUUCAAAACCCGGAUAUUUUCUUGCAAAAGCUCCAAGCUUUUCACGUUUCCUAUGGUACCAAGUUCAGGAUCCCUACUAUAGGAGGAAGUCGUUUAGAUUUGCAUCAGCUAUUUCUAGAGGUGACCUCUCGAGGUGGCAUUGAAAAAGUCAUAAGAGAUCGCAGAUGGAAGGAGGUUACCGCAGCCUUCAAGUUCCCGACUUCCAUUACCAGUGCAUCAUUUGUCUUACGAAAAUACUAUCUUUCGUUGCUUUAUCAUUUCGAGCAGGUGUAUUAUUUCCGGAAAGAAGAACCAUCCAUUUCAGAAGCUGGUCAGACGUUGCCGCAUGCUGUUAAUGGUGGUGCUGCAGCUGAUCAACUUCCAGCGAGUCCUAACCUGGAGGAUGGCAGUUUAAUCACCGGAACAAUAGAUGGAAAAUUCGAUUAUGGGUAUUUAGUGACAGUGAAUCUCGGAUCUGAGGAGCUAAAGGGCGUCCUUUACCAUACAUCUUUGGAACUAGAUGUAUCCCAGAGCUUUAGUGCUUCUGGUGACCCUGCUCAACGUACCCGGAGAAAGCACCAGAUAGCCCUUAGGGACCCAGCUCAUCCCAAGCGAAAUAGAAGCGGUUAUACUUUCUUUUUCGCUGAGCAAUAUCAGAGACUGAGGCCUCUAUACCAUGGCCAAGAAAGAGCUAUCAGUAAAAAGAUUGGACAACUAUGGAGCAGACUGACGGAGGCCGAAAAGCAGGUAUAUCAAGAAAAGGGGUUAAGGGACAAGGAAAGAUACAAAGCUGAAAUGCUGGAGUACAAAUCAUCCCAGCAUCCACAACCUUAACAGGCCCUCCUCUCAGUAACUCAGGAUCUUUGUUCCUUACGAAAUCCCUUCUCCAUGUCCUCGUGCGGGUUCGUCUUAGCAGUGGUUGUCGGUUUUUUGCUUCGUCUUUUUUAUUUUCAUUUGUAGAGAAACGACUGGGGAAAUUUCGCCACGAGGCGUCUCCACAACCGUGCUUAGCUGUUGCUUACAUAGAUUAGUGUCGUCUGUGCACAAAGACUGACCAUGGAGAUGUCUGUAUCUAUACUGAAAUUCUAAUGAAGUAGCUAAAGACUAAUGCUGAUUGAUGAUGACAUUGCCAAGUGGUGGCUGUGUUUUGGUUUAGUCAAUGUUCAAGAAGUUAUCUAACUUAA